AUGAAGCAAUCAGAAAAGACCCCUUUGCCUACCGCCGGCACUCCCCCAUCAUCUACCAUUGAGCAGGGAACUUACGAGGAUCGCAAUCUUACCGCAAUCCCGGCCAGCAACAGGCUGCAACGCUUUGCAAAUAGACUUGAUGCGCUUGCAGGGGUCGAGUCGAGAGGCAUCGAGCGUGUCCCAGGUGAACUCCGGGAGCGUAAAAUGGGCCUGGUAGACUACUUCGGAGUCGGCGUAAUGUGGUUUAGUAUCAACUGUACAGCCAAUCAGAUGACCUUGGGGAUCCUGGGCCCUGUCGCCUACGGGCUUGGGUUCGUGGACAGCGUGCUACUUUGCAUGUUUGGCACCAUUUUGGGGUCGGUCUGCUCGGGCUAUAUAGCUGGCUUUGGCCCCCUCUCGGGCAAUAGGACGUUGGUGGUCGCACGGUACUCGAUGGGAUGGUGGCCGUCCAAGCUCUGUGUCAUCUUGAAUUGGACUAUUGAGAUCGGCUAUGGCCUGGUGGACACCUUGGUCGCGGGAUUAAUCCUCUCUGCGGUUAACGGGGAUGGAAUGUCUGUCAUUGUGGGCAUUGUCGUCUCUGCAUUGAUCACUUGGGUCGUUGCGACUUUUGGAAUCAAGUGGUUUCACACAUUCGAAAAAUGGGUAGCAGUACCAACCGUACUGGUACUUUUCAUCUUCAUCGGCUGUGCGGCUCCCUAUUUUGAUGCAGACAGCAAAUCACUAGGGUCUGGUGCAACGCUUGCUGGCAAUCGCGUGAGCUACUUCUUCCUCACAGCCUCUGGGCCUCUUGGAUGGGCGCCAGCUGCCGCAGACUUCUUCGUCUACUAUCCAGAGAACACUUCUCGUAGAGGGGUGUGUGUGAUGACCACGGCAGGAAUGACCUUGGGCAAGCUCUUGAUCGAGUUCCUGGGAAUUGGCCUGGGCACGGGACUCGCAAACAACGUUGAAUGGUCUGAGGCAUUCUCAAGCUCAGGUGUCGGUGCGUUGGUCGUUGCCGGAUAUGCUCCUCUUCAAAACUUUGGAAAACUCUGUGCCGUGAUCCUGGCGCUCGGUGUUGCCGCAAACAAUAUUCCGGGCACUUAUGCUGCGGCUUUGAAUUUCCAGCAGCUCUUUGUUCCCCUUUCCAAGAUACCUCGACCAGUUUGGACGACGGUCGCCACCAUCAUAUACACCGUAUGUGCGAUUGCAGGGCGCCAACAUCUCUUGUCGAUCUUCUUGAACUUCCUAGCUUUGAUUGGAUAUUGGGUCAUCAUUUGGAUCGCAAUCGUCCUCGAAGAUGAAUUCAUCUUUCGCCGAAAGACAGGGUUCAAUUGGGAAGAUUGGAAAGAUCAGUGCAAGCUUCCAUUGGGUGUUGCAGCAUUCACAAGCUUUUUGAUCGGUUGGGCUGGGGCUAUUGUCUGCAUGGGUCAGACAUAUUAUUAUGGUCCCAUCGCCGAAUUAGUAGGAGAGCACGGUGCAGAUCUCGGACUGCCUGUUGCAUUUGCAUGGACGGCAAUCUGCUAUGCGCCCCUUCGAUAUUUGGAGAUCAAGAUCCUCGGCCGCUGA